UCUUACCCCAGCUCCCUACCUCCCGCGUUGGCCACCCACCUCCCGCCUCCUGCGCCGGCCGAGGCCCCCCUCCCAGCGCAAGGCCCCCACCCUCCCCGCGCUCUCCGCCGCCUUCCGCCUGGGGCGGCCGACCGCGCGGGGCUGGGCGGAGGCGUGGCCCCGCGGCCUCUGGCACGCGCGCGCGCGAUGGCCGCCCUGGCCCUCGGCGAGCUGGAGCGCCGGCUGGAGGAGAACGACCAGCGCCACAGGGAGGCCGUCGUCCGCCUGCGGGCGGAGGCCUCUGCGCUGAGGGCCCGGCUGACGUCGCUGGCUGCCGGGGCCAAGGACAGCACCUUCGUGCGCGCCUUCGAGUGGAGAAUCGACGACCUCGCGGCGCGCUGCGGGGGCAUGUCGAAGGACGACUCUCUGUGGUCCGAGGAGUUUGCCAUCAUGGGCGUGCCCGGCCUGCAGCUGGAGUUCUUCCCCAGGGGCAGAGCGAGCACCCGCACGGAGGGCUUCUGCGCCCUCUUCCUGUGGUGCAGGGCGGGCGUCCGCGUGAAGUACCAGCUGCGCGUGGGGGGCCACCAGCUGGCGCCCGAGGAGGACGAGUACCCCACGAGGAUGGGGAAGGGUCAGUCCAACUUCUGCUGCCUCGAGGCACAACGCGACGCGCUGACGGACUCGGUGGUCGUUGGGGUCGACGUGCUCGAGCUCACCACCUUCCGCGAGCCCUCCCCGGGCCUGAGGCUGGUGAACCGGGGCCCCGAGCGCCUUGUCGCCAGGGGGGCGCUGGAGCUGCACAGCUGGCACCUGGACACGGUCGAGUGGAGAAUACGGGGCCUCCUCCAGAGGCGGGCCAGCCUUCCGGCCGGCGUGGCCCUCUGCAGCCCGCUGUUCUCCCUGGCGGGCGUGCCAGACAUGCUGCUGGAGCUCUACCCCUCCGGCGUCGGGGGCGAGGGCGCCGUGGCAGCCGACGGGGGUGCCUCCUGCGGCUUCUACGUCCGGUGUCCCGCUGGCACCGCCCUCAUGCUGACGCUGUUCGUCGGCAAGGCCACGCUGGGGCCCCUCAAAACCGAGUUCAAGCAGGGUGAAGCCCAGGGCCGGCCAGCAUUCUGCAAGCUGGAGGAGCAGCUGGAGCCCGGCGCGGACGACCUCGUGGUGGGCGUGACUGUGAAGAACCUGCGGGCCGAGCAGCAGGAGCGCAGGACCACCCUGGAGCUGGAGUGAGCGCGCCCCGCUGGGAGCGGGAGCCAGCGACGCCGUGCCCUUGUCGCGCGGUGGCGGAA